CUGCCUUCUUGAGUCCUUAUCCCCAUCCCCAGGCACAGAGCCGAUUCUGCCUGGCUGAGUGUCAGUCCCGGCUCCCUCCCACCCUAACCCCAGUCCUGCCUUCCCUCCGGCAUGCAUGCUGCUGAAUGAAGCUGGGGAAAACAUCCCGGGACAAUUCUAAUUGGGUUCCUUACAAACUUGUUACCUGACCUCCACUGGGCCUUCCUUGCUACCAGACGAUCCUACUCUACCUCCCUCAUCAGCUCUCUCCCACUAGGGCUCUUCCAAACCUUCUCAUCCCUCCCUAAACUUCCCAUGGCUUCCUGUGCCCCACCUCUCAGCCGACAGGCAUGGGAGCCAUUUGCUGGGACCUCCCUCUUCCCCUCUCCUUGUCUGCCAUCACCCAGACGAUUUCCACCUGGUUCACAUAAAGAGGUGGACCUUACUGAAGCCAACCCCUCUACCGGCAUGAGUGCCUACCUUGCAUCCCAUUGGCCUCCUUUGGACUGGCCCCUUCAUUACCCCAUUCUCCUAUCUUCAAUCCCUCCCUGUCUAAUGGCUGGUUCCCCACUGCCUCCAAACAUGCCCAUGGCUCCUCCAGAUUCAGAAAUUCCCACCCUUGGUCUUAGAGAGUUUAUGUCACAUGCCUCUCCCCUCUGGGACUAAACUUGUGAAGGCAGUCUACACUAGACCUCUCACUUCUCUUAACUCAGCUCCAACUCUCCACCUUAUCACUCCACACAAACUGCUCUUUCUUUUUUUCUUAUAAUUUUAUUUAGUCAAUUAAGAACAUUAUUCCUUGGUUACAGGAAUCAUAUUCUAUCCCUCCCUCCCUUCCUGCAGCUGACACACAAUUCCACUGGGUACUCCAUGUGUCCUUGACCAGAACCUAGUUCCAUGCUGUUGGUGUUUGCACUAGGAUGUUCCUUCAGAGUCUACAUCCCCAGUCAUGUCCCCUCGACCCAUGUAGUCAAGCAGUUGUUUUUCUUCUGUGUUUGCUCCCACAGUUCUUCCUCUGGAUGAGGAGAGCAUCUUCCUCAUAAGUCCCUCAAGAUUGUCCUGGAUCACUGCAUUGCUACUAAUAGAGAAGUCCAUUACCUUCGAUUAUACCACAGUGUAUUAGUCUCUGUGUACGAUGUUCUCCUGGUUCUGCUCCUCUCGCUCUGCAUCACUUCCUGGAGGUUGUUCCAGUUCACAUGGAAUUCCUCCACUUUAUUAUUCCUUUGAGCACAAUAGUAUUCCAUCACCAACAUAUACCACAAUUUGUUCAGCCAUUCCCCAAUUGAAAGGCAUCCCCUCAUUUUCCAAUUUUUGGCCACCACAAAGAGUGCAGCUAUGAAUGUUCUUGUACAAGUCUUUUUCCUUAUUAUCUCUUUGGGGUACAGACCCAGCAGUGCUAUGGCUGGAUCAAAGGGCAGACAAUCUUUUAUCGCCCUUUGGGCAGAGUUCCAGAUUGCCCCCCACAAUGCCAAACUGCUCUUUCCCAACAGCAUGACGAUCUCUUAAUUGCCAAAGCCUGUGACCUUUUUGCAGUCCUCAUCUUUCUUGACCCCUCUGCCAACUUGGACACUGUCAAUCACUGUUCUUAAUACUCUCUUCUCUGCAGGUUUUCGUAGCACUGCUGUCUCCUGGUUCUCCUCCUACCUGCCUGAGCCCUCCUUUGCAGAGACCAUCCAGAUAAUACCUGCUAAAGUUGGUGUUGAUGCAGUUAGCACCUCUGCUCACCUCCACACUGGCAUCUCCAAUUGGAUAUUCCAUAAACAUCUCAAACUACGGCUAACAGAGGGCAAACCAGACCUGAUCUCCCGGUUGGAACGAGGGGAAGAGCUGCCGGCCUGGGAUCUGCACAGUGGAAUCUUGAGAAGCUCUACCACAUCUGAAGGAUGGACUUCCACCAGGCACCUAGGAGCUAAUGGAUGGAGCAUCCUGUCUGGUCUGUUAGAAUAUAAACUUUUUGAGGAAAAAAAGAAAAAAGGAAGAAAGCCUAAAACGUUCACUGAGCGGAGAGGCCGUCAAUAUAUUGAUUUGGGGAACAACUUUCAUCAGAGCAUCUAUAAGCACCGAGGAUCAUGGGAUUAUGGUGAAUGUGGGAAUCUCUCUGACACCUACACCCUCCCUAAUCCGUAUCAAAGAACUCAGCCCUGUUACUUGGGAAAAGGUGGACAGAAUUUCCAGAAGAAAUCAUUUCUUCUUCAAAACCAGAGACUUCACACUCAAGAGGAGGCUUUCAUGAACUUUCCAGCCAUCAUGAAUCACGAAGGGAAUCUCAAUGAUGAGAAAUAUAAAUGCGGGCAAUGUGGCAUUUCCUUUCGGUGGAUCUCAGUCCUUAUCGAGCACCAGAAAAUCCACACUCGUGAUAAAUCCAAUGACUACGAGGAAUUUGGGCAGGUCUUCGGCCAGAAUUCAGAUUUUGUUAAACUUGAAGGAACUCCCAGUGGAAAGAAACCAUAUAAGUGCAAGGAAUGUGGAACAGCCUUCAGUUGGCGCUCAUACCUCCUGGAACACCAGAGAAUUCACACUGGCGAGAAACCUUAUAAAUGUAAGGACUGUGGGAAGGCCUUCAGGCAGAGCUCAAGCCUGACCAAACAUCAGAGAAGUCACACUGGUGAAAAGCCAUAUGAGUGUAGCAAGUGUAGGAAAACCUUCAGCCAGAGCUCAUCCCUUAAUCAACACUUCAAAAUCCACACCGGGGAGAAACCUUACAAAUGUAAGGAAUGCCAGAAGGUCUUCAGGCAGAAGUCACAUCUCAUUCGGCAUCAGCUAAUUCACACUAGAAAGAGAGCUUGUGAGUACAAGGAAUUUGUUGAGACCUUUAGCCAGAGUUCAGGCAUUAUUAAAUAUGAAAUAAACCAUGAUGGAGAGAAAUAUCAAAGAGCUCACACUGGUGAAAAACAUUAUGGAUGUAAGGAAUGUGGCAAGGCCUUCAGCCAAAGCUCAAGCCUUAAUAAACACCAGAGAAUUCACACUGGAGAGAAACCGUACAAGUGUAAGGAGUGUGGAAAUGCCUUCAGGCAGAACUCGCAUCUUAUCCGGCACCAGAAAAUUCACUUUAGGAAGAAACCUUAUUCAAGUCAAAUCAGCAAGCAUUUCUCAGGUGUGUGCUAUGUGCCCAGCACUGUGCUAACUGCUAGGGAGUCAAAGAAAGAAAGAAAAACCAGUCCCUGCUCUCAGGCAGCUCCAAAUCUAAUGGGGGAGAAAAUCUUAAUGCAAGAAAUGUGGGAAGGCCUUGAGCCAGAGAUCAGACAGUAUUAGAUGGGAAAGAAUUCACAGGGAAAGAGGCCAUAGAGGUUUAGGGAACAAGACUAGUUGGAGCUCAUACCUCAUUAAACAGCAGAGAACUCACCCCGGAGAACGGGAAGACCUCUAGUCAGAGCUCCACUCUUACUCAUCGUCAGAGGAUUCAUGCUAGCGAAAAGUCCUAGAAAUGAAAAGAUUUCGAGAAGGGCCGCCCGAAUAUGGUUCUUAUCAAACACCGGAGAGAUCACACUGAAGAGGUUUCUUUUGAACGCCAGAAAAGUGGCAAAGCCUUCAUCUAGACAGUAGCCUUAAUCAGCAUCGAAGAAUUCAUUACUGUACGAUCUAAUAUGAUAAGCAUUUAUUAGGUGCCUACUGUGUGCCAGGCACUGUGCCAAACCCUGGAGAUACAAAAAGAGGCAAAAGAGCCCCUGCACUUAAGGAACUUCCAAUUGAAUGGCAGCAACAACAAACAAUAAGCAAGGCUUAUAGAGGAUAAACGGGAACUAAGAGAGGGAAGGUGCUAGAAGGAAGGGGGUUGGUGCGAAAGGAUUCCUGUAAGAAGUGUGACUAGUUGAACUGAAAGGAAGACAGGGAGUGAGUAGUCAGAGCAAAAGAAGGAGCACGUUCCAAGCAGGGGGGAAAUGGGGAACUGCCAGAGGAUGCCUGGAAGGGAGAGAUGGAAGAACUUGGCCAGGGAACGGCAAGGAUGUUGUAGGGAGUAAGGUCUAAGGAAACAUACUGGGAAGGGAGGAGGUAGGGCUAGGUUAUAAAGUGCUUUGGACACCAAAAACAUUUUGUAUUUGAUCCUGGAGGCAAUAGGUAACCAUUGACGUUUUUUGAGUACACGGGUGGCACGGUUAGAUCUGUAUGUUUAAGAAAAUCAUUCUAGUAACUGAAUGGAGGCUGGACUGGGGUAGGGAGAGUCUUGAGGUGGGAAGACCCCCUCCCCCCCUCCCCCCCCACUGCCCAGCCCAGCAACUACUGGAAUAGUUCAGGCAUGAGAUCAUGAGGACCUGCACCAGGAUAGGGGCAAUUUCGGAGGAGAAAAGGGCAUAUUCAGAAAAUGCUGUGAAGGAAAAAACUAUGGGUGUUGGUGCCAUGUGUGAGAUGGGGACUAGUCUAGGAAGGACACCUUCCAGUUUGGGAACCCGAGGGCUUAGAAAGACGGUUUUGUCUUCUAUACUGAUGGGGGGGAGGGGGAGGGAGGAGGGGGGCGAUAAUGAGCUCUGCUUUGUAAAUAUUGAAUUGAUACCCAUUGGACAUCCAGCCUGAGAAGUCUGAAAGGCAGUUGGAGCUGUAAGAUUGGAGGUCUGCAGAGAGGGUUGAUUUGAGGAUCGUAGCGUAGAGGUGGUCAUUAAAUCCCUGGAGCUGAGGAGAUCCACCCUGGAGUAGUACAGAGGGAGAAAAAGAGGACCCAGGAUAGGACCUGGAGGGACAUCUAUAAGCAGAGGGGAGGAUCUGGCAGAGGAGACAGAGUCGUGGUCAACCAGGAGAGGGAGGAAGGGUGGCCGAAACCUAGAAAGGAGAGUAUGGAGAAGAGUAAUCAAAAGAGUCAGGAUUGAGAAAAUGCCAUUAGACUUGCAACCAAGAGAACCACUUUGGGGGGAGAAGUCAGAUUGUAAGGGAUUAGGAGGAGAGGAAGUGGAGGCGGGAUUGUAGACGGCCUUUUCCAGGAUGUUGGCUACAAAGGACAGAAACCUAGGAUGAUAGUUGGCAGGGAUGGAAGGUCAAGUGAGGGUCUUUUCAACAUGGGGGAGACGUGGGCAUGCUCAUUAGCAUUCGAGAAGGACAGAUCGAAGAUAAGUGAAAGGGGGAUGACAUGCAGAAAGGAUGGAACUGAGGCCACUUGAACAAGUAGGGGGCCAUUGCUGAUCAGGAGAAGGGUCAGUGUUUGAAUUUGCUCAGAUCUUCCCAAAAGCCCAGGGAGGGGUGCCAUGAUUUAUUAUCCCUAUGUUAUAGAUGAGGAAACUUCAGCAGUCAGACAUUCAGUGACUUGCUCAGGGUCACACAACUAGUAAGUGAGACUGGACUUGAACUCGUCUUCUUAACGCUUUAUCCACUGUGCCAUGAGCUGUGGCCAAGAGGUUCAGACAUGAGAAUCCGAAUUCUGGGAGCAGAAGCUCCCAGAACUGGUGAUUCGGAAGGAUCAGGUGAGAGUUUUUCAGGAUAGGACAGACAUGGGCGUGCUUGUAGGCAAUAGAGAAUGAGUCACCAGAGAAGAAGAGUGACAAUGAGUGGGGAUGGCAGAGGGAGCAAUCUGGUGGAGGAGGCACGAUGGAUGGGGUCAUUUGGGCAGGUAGAGGGGUCAGUUGAUUAGCAGUGAGGUCUCUUCAUCAUGAGAGCCACGAGCGAAGGAAGAGAAGGUGGCAGAACACACCUGAGGGAUGGGAGAUGAGGAAGAGGGGGAAACUCCAUUCUUUUCUAUAAAAUAUGAAGCAAGGUUUUCCACUGAGAGCAUGGGGAGGUUGGGGUGGGGGGUGGGAAAGGGAGCUGAUAAAGGAGGGAGUGUGGAGUUGCCUGGCAACAGUGGACGACACCACAGUUGUGGGAUUUUUCUCUGCCUUCAGUGGCCUUUGUGUAAGAACAAAGGCAAUGAAUGGUGGGAGUGAUCCAAGGCUGAGAGUAAUCCGGGAUAGUUAAGGGGGCGGGGAUUCAGGCAAGGACUCCGUAGAGUUGAAUAGUUCAGCAAGGGGUCACGAUGGGGAGAAGAGGAGAGAGUGGCUAGUAUAGGAGAGAUGGCCCAAGAGGGAAUUGAAGGGCCAAGGGAUUGGAAAAGGAGAUUCUGUAAAGGAAGGCAGGAGAGGCAAAAAGCCAGUAAAUUGUGGCCAGUCAAGGGACAGAGGUGGUUCUUUUGUGGCUGAGGGCAAGAUUGUGCUAUGACCAUCUUUGCAUGUGGCUGAGGGCUGGAGGAGUAGCUCCUGGAAGGUAAGUAGUGGAGGAACUAAGUGUUGUUUGAGAAUCAUUCCCAGGUAUGAGGGCAGGAGUUGGAGGGGGAAAUUAUGAGUCCGAGGGCAGCUAGAUAGCACAGUGGAAGACACCUGGGUUCUAAUGUGGCCUCAGACUCUUCCUGUGUGACCCUGGGCAAGUCACUUGACCCCCAUUGCUAGCCCUUGCCACUCUUCUGCCUGGGAACCAAUACACAGUAUUGAUUCUAAAACAGAAAGUGAGGGUUUAAAAAGACUUGUGAGCCCGAUACUGAUCUCAUUGAGGAAGGAAGGGAGUGACCUGAGGAUUUAUAGACAACUGCUACCAGGACUGGGGGGUGGGAGGGUGGGGAGAUGAAUAGUAUGAACCUCGAAGGAAGAGAGUUACUGAAUGGAAAUGGCAAUGGGGAACAAAGGGGAUUCCGUGGUCGCCUCUUGACCAGUGAGCUGAUGACAGGGAGUGAAUAAAGGGUAGCCAGCGCCGGGGAGGCUGGGUUAUUGGGAGAAGCCGGGAGUCAGUGAGAAUAGAUGGAAGGAGUGGGAGAGAAGUAAGUUGAAGGGAAGUUUGUUACCUAGGAAGGAAGCAUUUCAGAGCGACUAGACGAAGGGCUGGGUGAAGUUAGGUUGAAGUUUUGGGGGUGGAGGUGAGGAGUGGAACUCGAAUAAUGCUCUGUAGGAGUUCAGAGCCACUGGGAUGUGAAGGGAGUGACCAUCGCUGAGUGGAGGGCGGGCGCCACUCCUCUGCUGUCAGAGAAGGAGGAUCCUCACCUCUGUUCUCAAAGAAGACGGAAGGCCUGGAGAUUCGCCAUAUCCCAGUUGGGAGCCUGGGCUGGAGCAGGAGGUGGAAGAUCUCUUUGGCUGGCACAAUGGAAGUAGUUGCUUUGGGACAGAUGGAAGUGGCCUGGCCUGGCCCGGCCCCUUUCCUUGAGGAUCAUGCUCUGCCAAGAAGGAGAUGGAAGGCUCAGGGUACUAGUGUGCUUCCAGUCCGUGGCUUUCUCAACCUGCCAACUUGAGCCCAGUUAAUGAAAAAAGAUGGAUGUCCAAUAAAAGGGAGGCUCUGGAAGCAUUCUCACAGGAA